UGAACAAUCCCCUUUCGUUUUCUAGGCACGGCGAUGGCUCGUAGGAACAGCAUCCGAAGACAUUUUAGCGGACCCCUGGCCUGGUAGCGAUUUACCAUACUUUUACCGCGUUUGUUUUAGGUGAAGGGAAACACACCCUCAUCAGUAGUAUCACCUACGGAACAGAAAAAAAGUGAAGUAAUCACUUGGAUCUCCGUGCUCUCAAACCUGGUCUUUAGUGAUUAUUUCAUCUUUUCUUUCGGAAAGUAAAGACUGUUUGGAUUGUUUUGCCUCACUUCUUGCCUGCGAUAGUCUUCAGUGUCAAGUUAUAUAAUGUCUCCAUUCAACUUUGGCCAUAUUUAAUUCACAAAAAGCCUAUUAUCAGAGUAGAGGAAAAAUCGAUUCCAUCAGAUUUGCUGAACUGAUUUUCCGCCUAUGUGCAGUCCUGUUGUCAAGUUAGAUUUCACACUCGGAGAAAACAAGGGCGACUUGUUUGUGUAUCUGUAAACACACUGGCCAUCCCUCGGUAAACAAAAACAAUCUUGAAGAAAGCUGCGAUCUUUCGGUAGUUUGGUUCAUAUUGCAUUUGCAGCCAAGGAGACGUCAUAGGUCCAGACUGGAGGGUGCAACAGGGAUUCCGCUCAGGCAGGAAAGGGGAUUUCUACCGCCCAAGACUCGGGGUUAGAAUGUAUUGAUUGUCAGGGUUGAAGAGGCAAAACCACUUGGACUGACUGGUUUCCAGCUGCUUGGGAGCUGCGGCGUCAUCUCAUCUCAACGAAACAAAAUACACUGAGUGCAACGAGAAGAUCCUCCGGUGAAAGCAUGUUGCACCAGUCCAGCUGCUCACCCAAAACACUCUGCCUCUGAUCCCAGACCAGUCCCAGAAUCCCUUCCCAAACGGACCACAGAUCAGCCCUGAGCGAUCUGAGAAGAUCAUCUCUUAUCCUUCACCACGAGCUGGUUUACUGCCAUCCAGUCUUAACGUUUACAUCUACGGUUGAGUCUUCGGAUCCCGUAGUUCAACCCGACCCAGCGUUCCAAAAUGGCUAACAACACAGCGGACCACGCGGCAGCCAACUCGGUGGCCGAGGGCGGCCACGAGGGCGAGUUUGGCAUCUCGGUGAAAGAGCUCCGGGAUGUGAUGGAGCUGAGGGGUGCAGAGGCUGUCAACAAGAUCAAUGAGCACUACGGAGACGUGCAGGGAAUCUGCCGCAGGCUCAAGACCUCACCUAUCGAGGGUCUCUCUGGAAAUCCGGUGGACUUGGAGAAGCGCCACACAGCAUUUGGAAAGAACUUCAUCCCUCCGAAAAAGCCCAAGACCUUCCUGCAGCUAGUAUGGGAAGCACUCCAGGACCUCACUCUCAUCAUUCUGGAGAUAGCGGCCAUUAUCUCCCUGGGCCUCUCCUUCUACCAGCCUCCGGGGGGCGCCGCGGAGGGAUGCGGCGAAGCAGCGGGUGGCGUGCACGACGAGGGCGAGUCUCAGGCUGGCUGGAUCGAGGGCGCGGCCAUCCUCAUCUCUGUGGUUAUCGUGGUGCUCGUGACGGCCUUCAAUGACUGGAGCAAGGAGAAGCAGUUCCGUGGCCUCCAGAGCCGCAUCGAGCAGGAGCAGAAGUUCACAGUCAUCCGCAAGGGCCAGGUCAUCCAGAUCCCCGUGGCCGAGAUCGUUGUGGGCGACAUUGCUCAGAUCAAAUAUGGUGACCUGCUGCCGGCUGAUGGUGUGAUGAUCCAGGCCAAUGACCUAAAGAUCGAUGAGAGUGCAAUGACUGGGGAAUCCGACCAGGUCAAGAAGUCUCUGGACAAGGACCCCAUGCUGUUGUCUGGCACUCAUGUAAUGGAGGGAUCUUGUCGGAUGGUGGUCACGGCCGUCGGGCUCAACUCUCAGACCGGCAUCAUCUUCACCCUCCUGGGUGCUGGAGAGGACGAGAAGAAGGAGGCAAAGAAAGGUAAAAAACAAGGACCCCCUGAAAAUCGCAACAAAGCUAAGACCCAGGAUGGCGUUGCUCUUGAGAUCCAGCCCCUCAAGAGCGAGGAAGGCGUCGAGUCCGAGGAGAAGGAAGAGAAGGAGGAGAAGGAGGUGGUGAAGAAGGUCAACGUCACCAAGAAGGAGAAGUCCGUGCUGCAGGGCAAGCUGACCCGGCUGGCCGUGCAGAUUGGGAAGGCAGGUCUGAUCAUGUCCUCGCUGGUGGUUGUCAUCCUCAUCCUCUACUUUUGCAUCGACACCUUCGGCAUCCAGGGACGCUCCUGGCAGAAGGAGUGCACCCCCGUCUACAUCCAGUACUUCGUCAAGUUCUUCAUCAUUGGCGUGACCGUCCUGGUGGUGGCGGUGCCAGAGGGACUGCCCCUGGCUGUCACCAUCUCCUUGGCCUACUCUGUUAAGAAAAUGAUGAAGGACAACAACCUGGUGCGGCACUUGGACGCGUGCGAGACCAUGGGCAACGCCACGGCCAUCUGCUCCGACAAGACCGGCACGCUCACCAUGAAUCGCAUGACUGUGGUGGAGGCGUAUAUCGGUGGCACGCACUACUCCACUGUCCCUGACCCCGAGGCAAUCAAGCCCGACACCCUGGAGGUCCUGGUCAACAGUAUCGCCAUCAACUCGGCCUACACCUCCAAAAUCUUACCUCCAGAAAAGGAGGGCGGCCUGCCAAGACACGUGGGCAACAAGACCGAGUGCUCCCUGCUGGGCCUGGUGCUGGAGCUGAAGAGGGACUACCAGCCCAUUAGGGACGAGGUGCCCGAGGAGAAGCUCUACAAGGUCUACACCUUCAACUCCUCUCGCAAGAGCAUGAGCACCGUGCUGAAGAACACGGACCGCCCCGGCUACCGCAUGUACAGCAAGGGGGCCUCGGAGAUCGUCCUGCGCAAGUGCUCUCAUAUUCUUGAUGCCUCGGGGGAGAGUAAGACCUUUAAGCCCAAGGACCGUGAUGAGAUGGUGCGGAAGACAAUCGAGCCUAUGGCGUGCAAUGGGCUGCGGACCAUCUGCCUUGCCAUGCGGGACUUCCCCGGCGAAGUGGAGCCAAACUGGGAUAACGAGGCAGAGAUCCUGAACGAUUUGACUUGCAUUGCCGUGGUGGGCAUCGAGGACCCCGUCCGGCCAGAGGUGCCUGACGCCAUUUCCAAAUGCCAGAAAGCAGGAAUUACCGUGCGCAUGGUGACAGGGGACAACAUCAACACGGCACGUGCCAUCGCCACCAAGUGCGGCAUCCUGCUGCCCAACGAGGAUUUCCUGUGCAUGGAGGGCAAGGAAUUCAACAGGCUGAUUCGCAACGACAAAGGGGAGGUGGAGCAAGAGCGCUUGGACAAGGUGUGGCCCAAACUGCGUGUGCUGGCUCGGUCCUCCCCCACAGACAAACACACUCUGGUCAAAGGCAUCAUCGACAGCUUAGUCGGAGAGAGGAGAGAGGUCGUCGCCGUGACAGGAGACGGAACCAAUGAUGGCCCGGCGCUCAAGAAGGCAGACGUCGGAUUCGCCAUGGGUAUCGCUGGAACCGAUGUGGCAAAGGAGGCAUCUGACAUCAUCCUGACAGAUGACAACUUCAGCAGCAUCGUCAAGGCCGUGAUGUGGGGGCGUAAUGUCUACGACAGCAUCUCCAAGUUCCUGCAGUUCCAGCUGACUGUCAACGUGGUGGCCGUCAUAGUUGCUUUCACCGGUGCCUGCAUCACACAGGACUCGCCCCUGAAGGCCGUCCAGAUGUUGUGGGUAAACCUGAUCAUGGACACCCUGGCUUCCCUGGCCCUUGCUACCGAACCGCCCACAGAAUCGCUUCUGCUGCGGAAGCCCUACGGCAGGAACAAGCCCCUUAUCUCCCGCACCAUGAUGAAGAACAUCCUGGGCCAUGCUGUCUAUCAGCUCAUCAUCAUCUUCACUCUGUUGUUUGCCGGAGAGAAAAUCUUCAACAUCGACAAUGGCCGAAACGUGCCCCUGCACGCCCCUCCUUCCGAACACUACACAAUCAUCUUCAACGUCUUCGUCAUGAUGCAACUCUUCAACGAGAUCAACGCCCGCAAGAUCCAUGGCGAGAGGAACGUGUUUGAGAGCAUCUACCGCAACCCCAUCUUCUGCAGUGUGGUCCUGGGCACUUUUGCUAUCCAGAUCGUCAUUGUCCAGUUAGGCGGGAAGCCCUUCUCCUGCACGGCGCUCACCAUCGACCAGUGGCUGUGGUGUGUCUUCAUCGGUGUCGGCGAGCUGCUCUGGGGUCAGCUCAUCUCGGCGGUGCCCACACAUCGCCUCAAGUUCCUGAUGGAGGCUGGCCACGGCGCCACCAAGGCUCAGAUGCAGGAAGAGGAGGUGACGGAGGGCAACGACGAGAUCGACCACGCCGAGAUGGAGCUCCGCCGCGGUCAGAUCCUCUGGUUCAGAGGGCUCAAUCGCAUCCAGACUCAGAUUAAGGUGGUGAAUGCGUUCCGUAGCACCCUGGAGAAGCCUCAAUUCAGAAGCAACAUCCACAAUUUCAGUUCCCACCCCGAGUACGUGCCCAUGUCUGAGGAGGAGGCUGAGAUCCCCGACAUCGAUGACAGCGAGGAGGGGGAGGGGGAGGGGAGGGGGAGGCCUGCUCCUCCUCCCAGUCCAUCCAGCCCGCCCCCAGCACAGAGUGACCAGCAUUCCGCACAAACUGGGACCACCUCCAUUGAAACAGCACUGCCGGACUCCCCCCACCUCGCUGCAGUUCCGUGUCACAGCCUAAACGAUGGACGACUGACAGUCUGUUCUCCUGACACACGAUAACCACCGCCCCCCCACCCCAGCCUUCUCCUCAGAUCAGGGCACAGGGCUCCCUCUCUCUUUCUCCACCUCACUACUGUCCUCUGGUGUUUGCACGCCAUUACUACAUCCAUGUACAGACAGCACAGCAGAAACCCUCCAACCAGAAGGCUUACAGACCAGCAGGCCUGUGGUCCCUUUCGCCGACAUAUCCUCCCUUUAAUUCCCCCAGUUAUGUUUUCACUAGGCUUGUCUGUAAUGCUUUAGAGCUAACAUGUUCUUUCCUUUAAAAAAGAAAAAGAAAAAAAAGGUUAAACAUGUCUUUCAGUUUAUUUUGGUUUUUGUUUGUUUGUUGUUGUUUGUUUUGUAAACAUAUAUUCCAUAAGCAUCCUUAAACACUUACUAAUGAAAGUGUGUGUAUGUAUGUAUGUAUGUAUGUAUGUAUGUAUGUAUGUAUGUAUGUAUGUAUGUAUGUGUAUGUAUGUAUGUAUGUGCAUGUAUGUGCACAUGGAUUGGUUCUCAGUGCUUCUGUGAUUUCACUUGCGAGGGCCAUUUGAACAGGAUUGUCUGAAACCUCCAGGCUGUGCACAUGAACAGAUAUUUUACUCAGUUAUUUUUUAUCGCUGUUACUGGGCAGUUUUUAAAUUGAUGUUGAGUUUGAGUUUGUAGUGUGGAUACAAUAUAGGCUUGGCCUUAUGAAACACAUUCUGCACUUUUAAAGGAAAACGUCAUCAAUUCCAUGGUUUUACUUCAUUACUUUACUAAAAAAAAAAAAAAAAAAAACUCAGUUAGUGUGUGACCAUUAUCAUUACUCUGCUCUCUCCUGAAACCAAACAGCACUGACUCCCGAAGCCUGAAGGUAAGGCUUCAAAACCGAACGCCUGUACAACACCAUGGGAGUGUGGGUGUUGCCUGCACAACACCAUGGGAGUGUGGGUGCACAACAUCAUGGGAGUGUGGGUGUUGCCUGCACAACACUAUGGGAGUGUUCUGGUGUUUUCGGUUGAAGUUCUAAUGGCUUUAGGCAUCGAUGCUAUUACCCACAGACACACCUCUUAAUUGAUUGUCGUUGUACUUCCAUGCACAGGUCCAUGAAACUACAAAAUGUGCUGAUGAUGUUUGAUAGAUAUCCACAAAUCAGUGGGCCGCAUCCUAUCUGUUUAUGUGUGCGUGUGUGUGUGUGUGUGUGUGUGUGAGAGAGAGUGAGUGAGUGAGUGACUGUGUGUAAUGCCUGCAUCCAUAGCAUAUUAGAAAUGAUGUGUAUUGCGUGUAGGAAAGUCAUAGGCUACACAACAGUCAGUGCUGUAAUAUUUACACACCAUAAUAUCCAUAUUGGGUUUCUGACUAAUCAUUAACACUUGUGAACACAAAGGAGUUGGACCCCUGAAACUCUAACUUCCUCCUGGUAUUAGCUUAAGGGUGCAUUCUGCGGAGUAAUCCUUUAAGAGUCUCAGUUCUCCUGUCACGUCCCGGCUUUCUUAAUCUGCGUCUGUGAAAUGCUUCUGUACUGAAAAAUACCUGUUGUCCGGCCAGAUUGUUAGUUGUAAACAGGGCAUCCAAAAACAAAAAUGUAUGUAAAAGGGAUCCUUCUUCGUAGGCAAGUCAUCGCAAAAAAAAAAGAUGAGUAGGUGGAGGAAUUCCCUUUUGUGUAAUUUAUUUUUCAGAGUUGGCAAAGGCUUCAUACUUGUUUUGUUUUUCUUCUUCUUCGUGGAAUGAAGGGAGUAAUUAAGAAAAAAAUAGACUUCCAUAGCAUAGACGCAUAUUUUAUUACUAAUAAUUGAGUACUGCCAUAUUUGAACCUUAUUUUCAUAUCUGGGUUGUGCAGAAUUGUCGACUGCAUGUUUCUACUUCUCAGAGCCAUAUUUUAGGGGUGGCUGUUUAUUUCCGACCAAAAAAAAAAAACUAAGUCACUGCCGAAUGAAAAGAGAGAAAAAAUGAAGGAGAUCACUUCCAUGUGAAUGGGAUCAGUCAGCUGCAUUUGAAAACACCUGGGCUUCCCCUACCUACUGGUUGUUUCCUUUGCCUCUGUUCCCACAGUGACCUAGGCUGUGAGGGAGAGGCCUCCUGCACGACUUUCAUAUUGAACUCAGUGUAUUGUUCCUUUUUUAAACCACUCCUCGUGGCUUUUAUAUUUACACUAGUACUUUUUUAAUAUUUAGUAAAAUAUAUAAAUGUAGGUGUGUACGCUGGUAAACCUAAUGACAUUAGCGGAGUGAGCAAAAACAAAAACACACAAAAAAAAGAAGUCCAUCCUCGUCAUGUUUUAUCAAAGCCAUUAUUGAACCAUGCUUUGAAUUAUUCUUGAAUUUUAUGGCCAAUUAAAAAUAAAUGAUGUUUACCACUGAAAGCCACGUGAUUGGUCCGCCUAGACUCAGAAGCGUAAUGGUCUAGCUUCUAGAAAUGUCCACUUUGCCUCAAACUGUUGUUCAUUGAAUGCGAUUGUCAUUGCAACUUAACUUUCCUACUCCCUCAUCAAAACGUUUCGUACAAGAUCCAGUUGACUUAAUAGAACACAAAUGUAUGACAAUGUUUUUUUUAUAUAUAUAAAGUAUGUAUUUUCAUUGUUGUUUCUUUUCUUAUUGCUUGAUCUGACAACAGGUUUAAUUUAUUUUAUGAAUGAGUGGUGCUCGUCAUUGACUGCGGUUAAUAAUUGAUUUUAAGUUGAAAUUUUCUCUUCCAAAAAGAUUUUUAGCAUAUAGACGUAUAUAUAUUUUUAAAAAUCAUCAGAAACUUCAGAUUUGAAAAGACUUGAAUUUGUACGAUAGGAAAAUGACAUUCCCAUAUAAAUUGUUUCUAUUGGACCAACAUCUAUUCUGCAAUGCUUUUUUGAAACUGUUUGUCUGUAUAAUUUCAAUGCUGUUUUUAAUUGUUUUCUCGGUAAUUCUGUUAACUUCUCAACUCAAUCUUAGUAUUAUUUAUAGUCAGCAUCCAAUGAAAAUUGACAUAAAGGAAGGUAAAUCUACUCUCUUUAAAAAUGUUAUUCAGUCAAGCUUUACAGCCCUGCCAAAGUUUUAUACAAAUGCCUCUUAUUUAAUCCCUUUAUUACAGUCAAUCACUGAUUGUUUCUACACUCCAACUAGUUAUCCCAUAUGACCCUGGAUUGCAGUUGUUUUCUGUGUUUCUGAGAUUGCCCCUAUCCUAAUGUUUCCUCAGACUUCUUAAUGACUUCUGUCCUUUUGCGCAGUGGUAUGUGAAAGAAAUGCUUUGUCUACCCGGGGCACAACUAUACAAAGGAAGUGAAUCAUUGUUAUGUUGGUCAAACAUUGGCCAUUUUAAAUUACGUACCUGAUUUCUUUUACCAUUUUAUUUUGAUACCUCUGAAAAAAAAUUGCUGAUGGUAUUGCAUACGUUUGGCCUGUAUAUUGGUUCUGUAUUCUGCCGUGAGCUUCAAUUUGAUGUCCCUUAAGAUGUUGUGCAACUGCAAAGCGACAUUGUUUGUCGAACCAUCCGAAAUGAAAGGCUCUGCUUACAUCUGAGGUUUGGAGAGGUUACAACUCAAUUGUAAAUAAAAUAGGGUUUAAACUGGAA